CGUGAGGCACCACCCGCAGCCGCUUCCGCCCGCUGCGACCACGUGAGGCGCGGCCCCGGCCCGCAGCCCCUACGGGAGCCCGCUGAGGACACGCCGGGCGAUUUUGGCGUCUUAUCGGAGGAGCGGGGCCGGGGCGCGUCGCGCCGCUUAACGCCCGCGACUGGCAGCGCUGGGGUCAGAGCGAGGCAGGAGCUGAACGGCCCGGCCGCGGCAGGGCUCGCCCGCUGCCUUACCGCCGCACUGGAAUGAGCGGGGCUGCGUUCCCGUCGCCGGCUGCCGAGAUGGCCGAGAUGAACCGCUUGCAGUAUGAGAUGGAGUACACCGAGGGCAUCAGCCAGCGCAUGAGGGUCCCAGAGAAACUCAAAGUAGCUCCUCAAAAUGCUGACCUGGAGAAGGAUGCCCAGGAAGGAUUUCCAAAUGCCACUGUGGCUAUGCAGGUGCCCGAGCGGAUUGUAGUGGCAGGUAAUAGCGAAGACAUUCCAUUUCCCAGACCAUCAGACCUUGACAUUCUUCAGUCUACUUCAUUCAAACCACUGGCACUGAAAACUCCUCCCCGUGUUAUUUCUCUUAGUGAUCGACCGCUAGAUUUUUUGGACCUAGAAAAACCUCAGCAGACACCUCAGACUGAAGAGGUUCGCUCGGUGGGGAGACUGAAGAGAGAGCGCUCCAUGAGCGAGAACGCGGCGCGGCAGAACGGCCAGCUGGCCCGCAACGACUCCGUGUGGCACGGAUCAGGUACUGUCCCAAGAAAUAAAAUGCCACGGUUCCAGUCACCUCAUUCGACUCAAGAUUGCACUGUGACACCAUCACUGCAACAGGCUCGUGUCUGUCCUCCCAAUAUGUUACCUGAAGAUGGGACUAAUCUUUACUCUGCUCGUGGCAUUUUGUCGUUUAUCCAGUCUUCCACUCGUAGGGCUUACCAGCAGGUCUUGGAUGUGCUGGAUGAAAACCGCAGCUUGGACAAGAACAAUAGGCCAGUGUUACGUGGUGGGUCAGCUGCUAUCACUUCCUCUAACCCUCAUCAUGACAACACCAGGUACGGUCUUUCCAACUUGGAUACGACGCUGGAGGGAACACCAGAUGACAUGACAGUUGUAGAUGCUGCUUCCUUAAGGCGACAGAUAAUCAAACUUAAUCGCCGUCUACAGCUCCUGGAAGAAGAAAACAAAGAGCGUGCCAAAAGGGAGAUGAUCAUGUAUUCCAUCACCGUGGCUUUCUGGCUGCUCAACAGCUGGCUCUGGUUCCGGCGCUAGGCACCGCUCUGGAGAGCCGGCAGUUGGAAACAACCAAUUCUCCAAGCCCUUUGUUUUUGUUUCUGAAUCAUAUGCUGUUUUAUAAUUCAUAACACUGGGAACUGCCACCACAGCUGAGGGCUGCAGCAAUGGGACACCCUGUGCUGAGUCAUACCCUGCUCGGUAGGUUCGCAUCGCCGGCGCUCGCAGUAGCCUCCUUUGCAUGCUUCAGUGUCAGCGCGGCUCGGCCAGCACCACGUUGGCCUCACGCAGCGUAAGGACUGUGACCCGCAGGAAUGACCACUGAGACAUUUUGUGGAGCUGGGAAAAGAAUGCACAGAGUGGGCUUGGGAAAAGUAAGGAAGACAAAGGAAUACAGUGUACAUUUUGUUGUUCUGUGGUUAGAUGCCAUUAAUCGUGAUCGCAGAAGUUCUCCUGUAGUGUGAUAGUUUGAGGUGUGCCGUACCCGAGGAGUGUGUUCUGUUUCAUGAGUGUGUUCCUUGCUUAAGCCCACGUCCAGAUCAUAAUAAAAGGAAUUACUUUAAAAAGUAAUCACUUCAAAAGGUGAUUCUUAAAAACAGCCACCCUCAAGGCAGCCAUGCAGCGGAGUGGUCCCCCAAGCUCUGAACUGAAAUCCAUCUCACGCUGCCCUUGUGUGGCUUCUGGUCAGAUACGCAGCACUUUUAACUGCUCAGAAUGUCAAAGCUGCUGUUAAAUCUCGAAGCAAGUUCCUAGGCUGUGGUUUCUGUGCUACAUUUCUCACACGUGGUGAGGUUGUGUGGAUGAACCCAGCUUGCAGAUUGCAGCGUGAAAAGCUUUGGUUGUUCUAAGCAGUUCACCUGAGCACGCGGAGGUAAUUCCUUUUAUUUCAUUGCUAACCUGCAGCUUGUCCACAGCUGUGUCAUGUUUUGGUUGGUUUGUUUUGUUUGUUUUCAGCUUUAAUUUUGCAGGUGUUUUUUCUAUAAAAUAAAUUUUUAAGCAAGUCAGUCUGCGAGUGAUGGAAAGACUGUGGGGUACCAGGUGCUGAUGUAGUGUAUUUAAUAAAACUGUAAAAUAAAAAACAAA